AUGAGCGACCAAGCCGGGUCGUCCGCCGGCGGCGACGAGCUCGCCAACCUCGCCAUCUCCUUCGAGGACUGCACGCCGGAAAUAUGUCCCUACGACCAGUCCUUCUACCCGUACCGCAUCGACCUGGUGCCCAACGCCGUCUUCCUGGCGUUAUUCGGCGUCUCCCUCCUAGGCUUCCUCGCCGUUUUCGCCUUCACCCGGCGCGGCGGCGUGUUUACCAUAGCUAUGGUCCUCGGCCUUAUCUGCGAGAUAUUGGGCUACGCCGGCAGGAUCAUGAGCUGGCAGGACCAGUGGUCUGAGAACGGCUUUCUGAUGCAGAUCUGCUGCUUAACCAUCGCUCCGGCUUUCCUCGCCGCCGGCAUUUACCUCUGCAUCCGGAGGAUAGUGUUCGCCUUCGGCCCCGAGAACUCGCGGAUUCCGCCCGAGUACUACACUCGCAUCUUCAUCCCCUGCGACGUCAUCUCUCUAGUCCUGCAAGCCGGUGGCGGCGGCCUGGCCUCCUCGGCCUUCCACACGGGAGGAUCCCCCGACACGGGGGACCACAUCAUGAUCGCGGGCCUAGCCUUCCAAGUGUUCAUGCUCCUCGUAUUCAUGCUGCUCUCCCUCGACUUCCUAGCCAACACGCUCCGGCGGCGGCGGGCCCUCGGUUCCGCCGCCACCGCGCUGGACCAGGACCCGUCGCUGGCCGCGAUGCGGCGGUCGCGGCUGUUCAAGGCGUUCCCGGCGGCCCUCGCGCUCAGCACCGUGUGCGUGUUCUGGCGCAGCGUGUACCGCGUGGCCGAGCUGAGCGGCGGGUGGACGGGGUCGCUCAUGGCGCGCCAGGACCUGUUCGUCGGCUUUGAGGGCGUCAUGAUUACCGUCGCCGCCUUGGUCCUGAAUAUCUUCCACCCGAGCCUGUGCUUCGGCGAGGUUAUGGACCGCACGUUUGACGCUAGCAACGGUGAUUCCCGCAAGAAGGCCCGUCGGAACGACUUCGAGAUGCUUCCUGAAGCCAAGCCUAGCACUGCCACGAGUGUUACCGAUGCUCGUGGUACCAGUCCGAAUACGAGCGAUGUUGAGCGUGAGGUUUGA